AUGUAAUCAUAGCAAUAAGUUAGAAGUGCUUCUGCAAUCAUUACAGGAUUUAAUUAACAAUAGUAUACAGUUUAUUUUAGCAUAAAGUUAGGAAAUCCAAUUACUAGAGGCAUAAAGAGAGUUUGACUAGAUUACAAGAGAAUUGAUGCUAAGGAGAAAGAAGUUGUUGAAAUCGACUGAAAAGGAGGGCUAGUAUGACAAGACGAACACGUCUAAAGCAGAAAAGUUCAAAAUAUAGUACAACAUUUUUCUAUAUUUUAGGACGUGCAUUCUAUACCGUUGGCCGAAUUAGAAAGAAGGCUUUAAACUUCCUUGACUAAUGGGCUUUCUUCACAUUAACUAGAGGAAAAAAUGAAGUAAUUUGGCAAAAACAACCUCUCUUAGAAAGAAAAGACUCCAUGGUAUAUAUAAUUAUUUCAUGAAUUGACAAAUGUUUUUGCUUUAUUACUUUGGGCAGCAGCAGCGCUAUGCUUUCUAGCAUAUGGCUUAACACCAGAAGAUCCCUCAAAUGUAAGAAAUUGUUAUUAUUUAGUUAUACCUUGGGAUAGUUCUAAUUGCAUGCAUUUUAAUAACAGCCCUUAUGACAUAUUUCUAAAAUAGGAAAUCUGAGGCCAUAAUGCAAGGAUUCGUGAAUUUUAUACCUCCUGAAACUAUAGUAAUACGAGAUGGGAAAUAAUAGAAGCUACCAGCAGUUGUCGUAAUUAUAGAAUUUGGAAAAAAGAUACCUGCUGACAUCAGAAUUCUUGAGAGCAACUAAAUGAAAGUAGAAAAUUCAAGUUUAACUGGGGAAUCACUCCUAUUGGUAAGAUCUCCAGAAUGCACUCAUGUAGAAAACCCAUUGGAAACAAAAAAUCUGGCAUUCUUUGGUACUCUAUGCAAAGAAGUAAUUUAAAUUAUUAUCAAAGGGUACUGGGAAAGGAGUGGUAAUUUUUACAGGAGAUAAAACAGUAAUUGGAUAAAUAGCAGGACUUGUUCAGAGUUCUAUUGUUGAUGAGACUCCAUUAAAAAAAGAACUUGAUGCAUUCACCAUACAUAUAGCAUGUAUAGCUUUGUCUAUAGGAACUUUAUUCUUCGUAUUAGGAUUUGCAGUAGGAUAUCGUAAUUAUCAUUAUAUAAUUUUUUAGUUGCUAUAUAAAAUUUAAUAUUUGCAGUUGGUAUUAUUUCUGCAAAUGUGCCUGAAGGGGUAUUAGCAAAUGUAGUUCUAGACGUGAUGACAAGGAGACCUAGAAACAAGAAUGAACAUUUAGUCGGAGGGUAAUUGAUUACAUUUGCCUAUGCCUAAAAUGGAGUAUUAGAGACAUUUUGUGGAUUCUUUUAAUGGUAUGUUUCCUUCAAUGACUUUGGUUUUACUCCCACAUCUCUUUAUUUCUUAUUGAAUAAACAAGGAGUUCUUCCUAAAUACCAUGACAUCUAUAAUCCUAAGGAUCCAUGGUUUGGUAACUCUAACCUUAAAGAAUCUUACCCUAAUGGAACUUGCGAAGGAACUGAUCUAACAGAAUAAGAGGAUAUUGAUUGGAUCUAUCCAAAACAUGGGGCUCAUGAUUUAAGGAUGGUCCUACUCAAAUGUGAAAAUGGUAAAAUCGUUUCAAAUAUGGAAUGGGGAGAUUGUAACAUAGAUUUAAUAUCACCUGUUACAAAAAGACCUUAUUGUUAUCACACUGAAGCAUCAAGCUAUUCAUAGACUUCCUUCUUUUUUGGAGUUGUGUUAGGAUAAAUAUGUAACUAUUAAGCAUUAAGAUAACUCAAAGGAUCAGUAAUCUAUAAUGGUAACUUUUUAUUUCUAUACUUAGGAUUUGAUAAUGUUUUCAUGUACUUGGCCUAUUUUGUUGAAAUUUUGAUUACAUGGAGUCUGUCUUAUAUUGAAGUAUUUAAUACAGGAUUUGGAACAUGA